ACGUCAAAUCACACAAAACAAUCAAGCUACCUGAGCACCUAGAACACUUACCUAGUAGCAGCUGGGCACUGGGGCACUGGUCACUGGACAAUUCUUCAAACCCCAGACCACUUUCAAGACACCGCCCAAUCAAUCAUCCGAAUCCGUUCCUUUCUAAGCUGGUCACUCCCGCCCCAACCCCCCAUCCAAUCAAUCUCGCCAAUCCGAGGUCAACUUUGAAUACCUACUGGUCCAAAAAGCUCAUUUGUUACAUCACCACGCGCACCCAAGCUUCGACCCAAGGGCCUGUGUAAACAAUACAAACAGUCCUUAUUUUUUUCUCCGCCGUCGGGAAGUCUAUCCACGCACAGUGAUACCUGCGACGAAAUUCUCGGCAAGCGAAAAAAAGAGCAACACUCGACUAAAAAAAGCUCGCUAGCAACUUUGUUAGUGUAGUGCGCGUGCGUCCAAUACUACAUAGCGCAAGAGUUCCAGUUUGCCUGUCAGCCCCGUCGAACUCUUGUGGUUGUGUUUUUUCGCGCGGCUUUUGAAAUACUCGGUGCUUCUUCUCUUGCCUGCGCACUCGAGGUUGUAAGACUGGCGCGCAGUUCUUUCGAAUCAAUUGCAAUUACAAAUACAAUGGAUCAGUCCUCGUCGAGUCACCCGCAGUCAUCUCGAGGAGGAGGUGGAGGUGGAGGAGGAAGCGGUGCUUAUGAUAUAGCACAUGGAGGUCAUUACGGUGCCAGUGCAGCGCUCGCCAAUUCUGGCUUCGCACCCGCCGAGCUCUACACAGGUCCAUGGGCCAACGUUCACCAGGGUCUACACGGACAAUAUAAGGACAUCCUGACGACUUAUUGGCAGAACACCAUCAACCAUCUCGAAUCCGAUCAACAUGAUUACAAAUUACACCAAUUACCCCUUGCCAGGAUUAAGAAGGUCAUGAAGGCCGAUCCUGAGGUUAAGAUGAUUUCCGCUGAAGCACCUAUCCUGUUCGCGAAGGGAUGCGAUAUAUUCAUCACCGAACUUACGAUGCGGGCGUGGAUCCACGCAGAGGAGAACAAGCGUCGCACUCUACAGCGAUCCGACAUCGCCUCCGCACUCGCUAAGAGCGAUAUGUUCGACUUCCUCAUCGAUAUCGUGCCCCGCGAAGAGGCCAGCCAUGCAAAGCGCACGAACCCCGCCCAGGCACAAUCAGCCCAAGGUGGCGUGCCGUCUGCUGCACCUGGUGGUCAGAUGCCCGGAUCUCACGGGCUACCCGGCGCCGCGAACCAUAUGGCACCAGGAGACUACGGUAUGGGCGGCCAUGCCAUGGGUUCCGAGCAAGAAUAUCGCGGUCCGCCUAUGUACAACCAGGUGCAGGCCGGUCCCGGAGGCCCCUACAGCCAACAGCCCCCGCAGCCGAUGUACAGCGACAUGGAGGGUAUGUACGGUUACCCCGGGAUGCCUCAACAGCAGUAGGACCGCAGUGUGGUAAACCCGGGCGCUCCCUACGAGAACCCCGGAGAAGGAGGAGAUGAGGCGGGAAAGAAGGCAGACGAAUAAUCGCGAGUCGAUCCGGCUUCGGAGCAGGCUGCGCGCCAGGAGCUGGAAGUGAAGGGAACAUGGGGCACG